AACUGUCAGUUGAAAUUGGUUGCGCUACGGUGAAAGGCUGAUAUUUUUUGCUUUGCGCCUUCGUGUAUUCGGCUAUUUUGCACACAUUUUUAAUUUCUUUAUACCCAAAUAUGCUACGCCCAUAUUACUUGAGGAAACUGAGUAGUUGCUUUUUACCAACAUUCUGCACAUAUAAAACAUCUGCUAUACCAGAACUGACUCAGGUUCGUUACAAAAUCAAACGUGGCAACUAUGGCGAGUUGCAAGACAAAGAUGUGACUUUCUUUGAAUCUUUGAUUGGUGCUACGAAUAUAUUGCAAGAUUGCCAAGAUGAUUUACACGGCUACAAUGUGGACUUUUUGCGCAGUGUUAGAGGUAGCAGCAAAUUGGUGCUAAGACCCGGCUCGACACAAGAAAUAUCCGAAAUUCUGAAAUACUGCAAUCAAAGACGUUUGGCCGUUUGUCCCCAGGGUGGGAACACAGGUUUAGUGGGUGGUUCGGUGCCCGUAUGUGAUGAGAUUGUUUUAUCACUGGCGCGUUUAAAUAAAAUCUUAAGCAUUGAUGAUAUCACAGGGAUAGUGGCUUGUGAGUCUGGUGUUAUUUUAGAAAAUUUGGAUGCUAAGACAAGGGAGGCUGGCUAUGUGGUACCCUUGGAUUUGGGAGCAAAAUCGAGUUGUCACAUUGGAGGUAAUGUUUCUACCAAUGCGGGUGGUCUUCGGGUGAUUCGAUAUGGAAAUUUACAUGGUUCUGUGUUGGGCGUUGAAGCGGUAUUAGCCAAUGGACAAGUAGUGGAUUUAAUGUCGGAUUUUAAAAAGGACAACACCGGCUAUCAUUUGAAACAUCUUUUUAUUGGCUCUGAGGGAACCUUAGGUGUGGUUACAAAAGUGGCCAUUCUAUGCCCUGCCAUAUCUGAUUCAGUCAAUGUGGCAUUUUUGGGCCUAAAUUCUUUUGAUGCUGUUUUAAAGACUCUUAAAAAUGCCAAACGUCACUUGGGUGAAAUUCUAUCCUCAUGUGAAAUGAUCGAUGCCUCAUCACUGGCAGCCACUACUGAGAAUUUUAAUCUCAAAACUCCCAUUGAAGGUUUCCCUUUUUAUAUGCUCAUCGAAACUUCUGGCAGCAAUGUGGAGCAUGAUAUGGAAAAACUUAAUGGGUUCCUACAACUUGUUAUGGAGAAAGGUGAUGUCGCAGACGGCACCUAUACCAGUGAACCGGGGAAAAUGUUGGAAAUAUGGAAGUUACGUGAAUUCAUAGCCACCGCUUUGACUAAGGAUGGCUAUUGCUUUAAAUAUGACAUAUCCUUACCCUUGAGAUCGUUUUAUGAAAUUGUAAAGGUCGUCGACAAGCGUGUUGGCCACUUGGCCAAACGUGUAUGUGGCUAUGGUCAUCUGGGUGAUUCCAAUCUUCAUCUCAAUGUAUCUUGUCCGGAAUACAGUCCAGAGUUGCAUAAACAAUUGGAGCCUUUUGUCUAUGACUAUACUUCUGAGUUAAAGGGCAGCGUAAGUGCGGAACACGGCAUUGGAUUUUUGAAAACCAAAUAUCUAGCACACUCAAAAAGACCUGAAGCCAUUAAAAUAAUGAGAGAUAUGAAACUGCUUUUGGAUCCUAAUGGAAUUUUAAAUCCAUAUAAAGUUUUGAAUUAAAAAACACUAUAUAAAAUUGUUUCAUUAUUUCAAAAUUAAAUAUUCGUUGGAAAUUCCGCCACAGCAACAUUGAUUGUCAUAACAAAAAUCGUCAAUCUAUUUUUUAUUGAAAAUAACAUCAAUUAAUAAUUUUCAAGCAACAACAAAAUUUCCAUAAAAAAUAUGUGCGAAAAUUUUAAAAAUUUUUUUUUGGGAAUAUUUUUCCACGUCAUUUUGACUACGACCUAUUCCUAGGCGCCUUAAAUUGGGUCGUUAGCAAAAAUGAGAACGAAAAUUUUUUUAGUUUUUAUACCCUUCGCCAUGGAAUAGGGUUAUACCAAUUUCGUCAUUUCGUUUGUAACUCAUCGAAAUAUUGAUCUGAGACCAAAUAAAGUAUAUACAUUUUUGA